AUGCCCUUCAAUGACGACAAGAAGUUCACCAUCAUAUUACCUGCGCUAGAUCUGCAAGGCCAGGCAAUUAAAAUCCAGAACGUCAUAACGUAUCUUGGGUGCAAAUGGUCCCCAACGUCGUCUUUGCCCCAAUCAUCCAGACUCGAUAACACUCCUGCUCACGACGAGAUACCACCUCGCAGGAGCGACCGAUCCAGGUCUGGAACACAUACCACCACCACGUGGACCACG